GAGUUGAUAUGCAGUCUACCGUACCAAGAGGAAUUUACUUCACAGUACAGCAAUAGUAUUGGCUCGAAACUGACGUGAACAAUGUUGAAAAAUCCACUUUACGUGUACGGGCCGAAAAAUGUUUACAUACCGAGCGAUUUGAAUUUUGCCGCUUUUUUCCUGGACACAUUGUGGGAACAUAGAAAUAAUGUGGCGUUGAUAAAUGGAGCUUCGUACGAAGACUACACAUACUUAUCUAUGGCACAGCAGAGUAUGAAUGUGGCUAUCUCUCUCUCUCGUCUAGGAGUGAAAAAAGGGGAGGUAGUGGCUAUAUGCUCAGAAAACAGGAUGGAAUAUUGGGCAGCGUUUCUUGGUACCGUAUGCGCUGGUGUUACAGCAACUAUGGUGAACCCUAAUUACACUGGAAAUGAGCUAAAGCACGUCCUGAGUAUAACAAAACCAAAAUACAUGUUUUGUUCACAAACUUUCUACAACGGCAAAGAAAAAACAUUGAAAUCUUUACCAUACCUGAAAAAAAUCAUAUUAUUCGGCGAUAAAACGAAUAAAAACGUACUUUAUUACGACGAUUUAGCUAUAUCUGUCGAUGGCAAUGAAAAAGAUAUAGGUUUUAAUGGUAAUAAACUAAGUAGGAAUGUGCGUUAUGAAGAGUUUCGUGCAGUUGAUGUGGAAGGGCAAAACGAUGUGGCGUUAAUACUAUAUUCUUCUGGUACCACGGGACUACCCAAAGGAGUGAUGCUAACUCACGUAAAUUUACUGUCAGCUUGUCUAAUGCCAGCAUCCAUAGAUCCCAAACUCAAUGGUCUGACGAUAUCGCCCUGGUUCCACACCAUGGGUCUGAUCGGGACCGCCUUGGGGCUCUGCAAGGGCAGGACACUGGUGUACCUGCCGAAGUUUGAGAUCAAUUUGUAUCUCAAGUGCAUUGAGAAGUAUCAGAUCCAGCAAAUAACCGUGGUGCCCCCUGUGCUGGUGGCCGCUUGCAAGUCCCAGGAGCCCUACGACCUGAGCUCUGUCAAACUGGUCUACUCCGGAGCCGCGCCGCUGCAGGAGGAGACCAUCAAGAUUGUCAAGGACAAGUUCCCUAACGUGGUAGCCGUAUUGCAGGGGUACGGAAUGACGGAGAUGACGUUAGCUGUCAUCAAAAGCACGUACGACCAGACUGUGCCGAUGAAAUCUGCCAGCAUUGGGUCUGUGGUGGCCGGGGCUAUUGUCAAGGUGGUUGACAUAGAGACCGGUAAACCUCUAGGCCCUAACCAGAGCGGGGAACUAUGCUUCAAGAGCACCCAGGUGAUGAAGGGUUACGUCGGGAAGAGCAACCGGGAGUUCUUCGAUGAUGAGGGGUUCUACAGGUCUGGAGAUAUCGGCUACUACGACGAAGACAGACAGUUUUAUAUCGUGGACAGGCUGAAGGAGCUCAUCAAAUAUAAGGGCUUCCAGGUGGCCCCAGCAGAAAUAGAGUCCCUUCUCCUCCAGCACCCUUCAGUCCGAGACGCUGGGGUCGUGGGUCUACCCGACCCCACUGCUGGGGAGCUGCCACUGGCGUUUGUUGUGAAGCAACCGGGCUGCGACGUCUCUGAGCUGGAGAUCCAGGCUUUCGUGGCUGAGAAGUUGUCCAACCCUAAGCACCUUCGAGGGGGCGUGAGGUUCGUGUCUGAGAUCCCAAAGAAUCCUUCUGGGAAGGUGCUGAGGAAGGCUUUGAAGGCCAUGAUGAAGAACACGAAAUCCAAAUUGUGAUGUCGUCAUGUUUAAGGUAGAAAUUCACUGAGACGGAUGUGGACACGAAUCUACAUACAUUUCACGAUUUGUAUGUUAGUUUUUUAUUAACGUAAGGAUGAACCUGCAAUGUAUGUUGAUUUCUCUAUGUUCGGUGAUAGUGUAUUUUCUAGCAUUGUAUAAAAAGUGUAUUAAAUAUUUAUAUCUAUUUAUGGCCUCUGAUGUACAUAAAACUAAUAAUAGGUACAGUCAGACCUUUUACUAAUUGUUUUUGUACAACUAAACCAUUGUACAUACAUUAUUUAAAGUAUAACUUAUUUUGGAAUUAAGAUUUUUUCUGUAAGUAAAACAUUUUUUAUCUGU